AUGGGUGGCGGCAAGAUCGGGCAGAAGGUGCAACGGGCAAGGCUCGGUGGCUCGGUGGCCCACCGGCUCACUGGAUAUAAAUUCCUAGAGCAGAUUCUAGGACAGCGUUGUGGGAGGGUGAUGCUGGACCAAGAUGGAACCGCUUUCACGCCUAGCUGCCGAGAUGUGAUAGCCACACAAGAAGUGUCGCCGCUUGCGCAAAUUGUUCUCGCUGUGGACAAUUCUGCUGCUUUUCUGUCUUGUCAUGUCGUCAGCUGUGAACCCUUCCCGUUUGUCGAGGAUGAACCGCAGAGGGGCAGAUUCAAUGAGGUUAGAUUGUCCGGGGCGCAUGUUCCGAUUAGAUUCGAAGCCAAAGAGCCGAACCAGCUCAUGGAACGUCACUCGUGGUUUCUUAACUUUUAA